AUGACGCAAGAGAGCCGAGUGGUUUUCAUUGGCGUGAGCAUCGUGCAGGGGUACGUCGCACACAGCGCGGAGGUUAGCCUGAGACAAAGAUUCAAGGCGAAACGCGCUGUGGAGCUGACACACGAGCGCACCGAGUCAAUCUUGAACACUCUGAUGCCCGUCAUGGUGGUGGAGGACCUUCGUGACAUCAGCCUCAGCCAGGGCUUCCCAUCGCACCACUAUCGGCAUGCCACGAUCGCACAGUCAGACUUGUGUGGCUUCACGAAGCUGGCCAGCACCCGGCGUCCAGAAGAGGUGGUCGAGUUCAUCGGCGAGCUCUUCGGGCUGUUCGAUCAGCUCACGGACAAGUAUGAAGUCUACAAGGUGGAGACCGUCGGUGAUGCAUACAUCGCUGGCCAGGCAGAGGCCCCGCUGACGCACAAGAACUCGCCCAUGAGCGUGGUCCGCUUUGGCCUGGACAUGGUCCAGGAGACCAACAAGUGGUCACGCCGCAAGGGCGAGCAAGUGAGUUGCCGCGUGGGUGUGCACAGCGGGGAGUGCAUCGGUGGCAUCGUGGGCACAGAGAUGCAGAGGUACCACCUCUUCGGCAAGCUGAUGACCGAGGUGGAGGUCCUGGAAUCCACGGCGCCGGAGGGCCGCGUGCAGGUGAGCCAGGCCUGCAAGGAUGCGGUGGACAAGCAAAUGCGGCUGGAGGGCUUAUCCAAAAGCCUAGCGAUGUUCGAGGAGAGAAGUGAAGAGACGUUGAGAACAUCCAAAGGCGAGGAGCACUCUUACGACGAGGUUGGUGGCCGAACCUUUGUCGUUCGCAGCUAUGCGCACUACCAGCCAUGA